AUGGCAGCAAUCGGAUCACUAGUCUUUUGCACUGACUGCGGUAAUCUUCUGCCUUCCACCAAAGGCACAGAUAGGAAUAUGCUGAAAUGCGAGUGCUGUGGUGCCGAAAACCAAGACACUGGAGCGAGGACCACCCUUACUCAGUCGAAGCCCUCCGACUUUCCAUCAUUUCUGCGUCAAAAGCUGCAAUCCAGUGUCCAGGCCGUCGAGCGACGCAAUAUCCAAACUGAUAACACGGUCAAUGAGACUUGCCCGAAGUGCGGUCGCGAAGAGGUUCGGUACACCAAUGUACAGCUUCGCAGUGCGGACGAAGGCUCAACCUUAUUUUAUAUGUGUGACUGUGGUUAUACGUGGCAAGAGAACAAUUAA